UCUAGUCGGGCUGAGCUACCGCAGCCCUUGGCCGGACUUCAAGCAACGCCAGGACAUGUCUGGGAGUCUGCCCAGGAAGCAGAGUGAAAGACGACUUUAUGUAAGGGUUGACCCUGGCCUCUCGCAACACCCCUACCCUUUUCCGCACCAUAUAAAAUGAGUCUGCUAUAACUGAAGUUGUUGUUUUAAAGAGGACUGACGGACCCCAGUCAGGAAGACGCAUGGCUUGCUGAGCUGAGGCUCUGAAACAGCAAAUCAUGGCUUCGGUGUUCAUGUGUGGAGUUGAAGACUUGCUUUUCAGUGGGAGCCGCUUUGUUUGGAACUUGACAGUCUCGACACUGAGGAGGUGGUACACGCAGAGAGUGAGGGGAUGCCACCAAGCACUGAGGACGUGGUGUGGGAUAAGGGAUGUGUAUCAGAUGGCAGAAGGGAGACACUGCCAGAUACAGCUCCUGGAUGACAGAAAGUUGGAGCUGCUGGUUCAGCCUAAACUUUUGUCCCGGGAAUUGUUGGAUCUAGUGGCUUCACAUUUCAACCUCAAAGAAAAGGAGUAUUUUGGGAUAACAUUUAUAGAUGACACAGGUCAGAAUGUCUGGCUACAGCUAGAGCACAGAGUUCUGGAUCAUGACUUGCCCAAGAAACCUGGUCCAGCAACUUUGUAUUUUGCAGUCAGGUUUUAUAUUGAAAGCAUUUCCUUUUUGAAGGACAAAACUACAGUAGAACUCUUCUUUCUGAAUGCAAAGUCUUGUGUGCAUAAGGGGCAUAUUGAGGUGGAAAGUGAGACUGUCUUCAGAUUAGCUGCUUUGAUUUUGCAGGAAUCUAAAGGGGACUAUUCCAGUGAUGAAAAUGCCAGAAAAGAUCUAAAGAACUUGCCUAUCUUUCCUACCAAGACGCUGCAGGAACAUCCUUCACUUGCCUAUUGUGAAGAUCGAGUCAUUCAACAUUACAUAAAAAGUAAGGGGCUGACCAGAGGACAAGCUAUUGUUCAGUACAUGAAAGUUGUUGAAGCUCUACCUACUUAUGGAGUCCAUUAUUAUGGCGUAAAGGAUAAACAAGGCAUCCCGUGGUGGCUUGGGAUCAGUUAUAAAGGGAUUGGCCAAUACGAUUUGCAAGAUAAAGUCAAGCCUAGAAAAUUAUUUCAAUGGAAACAGCUGGAGAAUCUCUAUUUCCGCGAAAAGAAAUUUGCUGUUGAAGUUCAUGAUCCUCGUAGAAUUUCAGUGUCAAGAAGGACUUUUGGGCAGAGUGGCCUUGUGGUACAAACCUGGUAUGCGAACACUUCUCUGAUUAAAUCCAUCUGGGUUAUGGCAAUCAGUCAACAUCAGUUUUACUUGGACAGAAAACAAAGCAAAGCAAAAAUUCCCUCAGCCAGAAGUUUGGAUGAUAUAGCAAUGGACCUUACAGAGAUGGGAACACCAAAGGUUUCAAAACUAGUGGCUUCAGAGGCCAAGAAUCAACUUAUUAUGGCCAGUAACGGUAGCUUGAUCUCGUCAGGCUCACAAGAUUCAGAGAUCAGUGAAGAACAAAAGAAAGAGAAAAUCUUGGAACUGAAAAAGAAAGAAAAGCUUUUACAAGAGAAGCUGCUUCAGAAAGUUGAGGAGCUGAAGAAAAUCUGUCUGCGGGAAGCGGAACUCACUGGGAAAAUGCCAAAGGAAUAUCCACUUAAUACAGGAGAGAAACUUCCUCAGGUCAGAAGGCGUGUAGGCACAGCAUACAAAUUGGAUGGCAACUUGCUUCCCAGCGAGGAGGACCCAGAUCUGCAGAAUCUGGAGAGCAACUUUGUCAUACAACAAAAGCUAGUGGAAGCUGCGAAGAAGCUUGCCAGUGAGCAAGACUUGUGUAAAAAUGUGAAGAAGAAAAGGAAGCAGGAAUAUACAGAGGCAGUGAAAAAACUUCAGGAGAUUGAAAAUUCCAUUAAUGAGUAUAGGAUAAAGUUUGGGAAGAAACCUGCACCGAAGUCGACCCUGACCUUACCAGAUGAAAUAAUUCCAUCUGAGAGCAGCUCUUUGUCAGAUACGACAACAUUUGAAGAUGGCAACGAUUCCCUUUCUGUGCCAGGCCCAAGAACAAACUCUCUGCCAGUUUCUCCCAAAACUCCACCCCCCAAAUCUCUUGCCGUGGAGAGAAUCCAUCUCAGGAAGUCUUCUAUGAAUGAGCAGCUUCUGGAGUCCAGACACUCCCGAUAUUGGGAUGGUGGCCACAUAGUGGAGUCAUCUGUUUAUAAUCACAGAGAUCCUUUGUCGACACACAGCAGUCCAUACAGAACAGUGGAGAGACAGCACCAGGGUGGAAGAAGCAUGCCCACAACACCGGUUCUCACUCGCAAUGCAUACAGUAGCACUCACUUACAACCGGAAAUUUCUCCCCAGCACUGCAGGCAGCGGAGUGGCAGCUUAGAGUCUCAAACCAACCUGCUGUCAGAGACCACUAGUGAAAAGCCAGUGUUCACCCUCUCAAAAGCCCAAAGAAGCAACAGCACAGAAAUCCUAGAUGAUGGGUCAUCCUACACCAGCCAGUCCAGCGCGGAAUACUGCUGUGUGACCCCAAACCCAAGUCCCUACUAUAGCACUCAGACUCUUGACAACCGUACAAGGAACAGGAGACGGUCUAAGAAACAGAUCUUUGCUGCUGCCAAUUCAGGAAGCAUGCCAAACCUCGCCCAGAAGGACAUCCGCAAUAGCGUUUACCAAAAGAGCCAAGGACAGCCGUCGGCCAAUUGCUACAUUUCUGGCUAUGCCCCUUACACAGAGUGUGAUGUCUAUUACAAUAGUGGCUAUGUGUAUGAGAACGGCACAGAGGGACAAUACACGGUCAACCCUCCCUACCGCUCAUUGGCGCACUAUGGUUAUGAGCGCCGCUACCGGGAAUUCAGAUCCUUCCAUGAAGACGAGAUGGAGAGAGUACCGCACAACCCUUAUGCCACUCUGCGCCUGCCACGGAAGCCAUCUGUGAAAGCAGAGCACAUCACCAAAAACAUUCACAAGGCCUUAGUAGCAGAGCACCUACGUGGCUGGUACCAGCGUGCCUCUGGUCAGAAAGACCCGGGUCUUGGCCUGCAGGCAGGCUUUGAUGUCGAAAGAGGGUCACAGGCGAGCCUGGGCUUUGCAGGACUGCAGGUACCAUGUUGCCCAAGCAGCCGGGCAUCCUCUUUCUCUUCAGCAUCCUCUGCAAAUGCCUCUGGGAACUGGCGGAAUCGGGUUACACUUUCUGAUUAUGAUACGCUCUCUCAGUCAUCUUAUGCUAGCAGCUAUGGGAAUAUGUAUGGACCUCACCCUAUGCAGAGCAGGAUAUAUGCUGAGCCAGGCCAGCUGGGAAGUGGUGAUCGGGGCCAGUUAGAAGACGACUUACAAGACAGUGAACAGAAACUAUUCUGGCAUGAGGAUUCAAAGCCUGGGACUUUGGUGUGAACUUCUGCUUCCAUUACCCCGUGUGCCUUGCAUCAUAUGCUGUUUCUUCAAAAUGAGCUUCCCAGAGCAACUCAACAAGGAAUUUGUUGGGAGGAUUGUGUUCAGUGAGACAAAGCUGCAAAACCUUACCCACACUAAGCACAUCUCUAUGAAUCCAGACAACCUUAAUGAGGAAGGGGAGGCUCAAUAGCCUGAUUUUAAAUCUCCUGCAGAAUCUUUGGUAGAAGAGUUUCAGAAAAGACUCUUUAGAAGAUGGGAAAUGGUUGGAAGAUUCAGCCUUCCAAAAAUGUGAAAAGGAGAUUCUUGUUGAGAAGGCAGGAAUUUUAGGAGCACAAUUCACACAGAUUAUCAAGAUGUCAAAAUCAACUUCUGCUGUAGCAUAUGCUGAUUACGGAGCAGACUUUCUGGCCUGUUGAAGGAUAACGUGAGAGUGUGGGUAGAGCAGAAAGUUGAUUUUAUAUUGCAGCACUACUUGAAGGAUGUUUGGGGUUUUUAAACAGUAUUUUCAGUAAGGCUAAAGGUGUGUUUAAAGUGUAUCCUGAAUGUCUCCCUUACCCUGUGUGGGGGAGAAAUGAAGCAGCAGUUGUGCUCGUGCAAUGUGUUACAUCAGUGUGUUACAUCAAGCUGGGCCUGCAGGAUGAUGGUUUUCUGGGAAGAGUGGGAGCAGACAGCUUCUGUGACAGAAAUGUAACUUCCACUUUUUCCACAGUACACUUUCAUUUAUGCAAGGAUGCAUGCAGGUUCUAAUGUGGAACCCUAGGUUUUGAUAUGUCAUUAAAAAAUGGAAAUGUUGGUAAUGCAUUUCGUUGCAAUGUGAAAACUGUCCAGUGCGUUGAUUAUGUAGGCCAGUAUCUUAUUUUAUUUUAUUAAAGGGAUGCAAAUAGACAUAACAGCAACACCAAGCCGGUGCCUUAAAAAAGGGGGGGGGGGCAUUAAAACUGUAACAUGUUAUCUGAAAAGCAGGUGCAUUAUUAAGUUGCUUGCCCCAGUUCAGGAAAUUGGGAGCGCAGCUGAGGGCUUUGUGUCCACUGCGGCGCUUCUGCAGCUCUGCCACCUUUGAGAUAUGGAGAUUGUUCAAACAACUGGGCGGGUGAGACAGCAGGUGGGCAGUGGGGGGAGGCUGGUUGAGCUUGGCUUUCCUCCAGAUAAGCGCUUACUGUUGCUGGGAGCUCGGACCACACUCCCAGAUGAUCCACACUGCGUGGCACAGGGCAGAGCUCCGGAUAUCCCACAGUGCACUGCGCAGCAUGUGCAGUACAUUGGAGGAUUCCUCCAGGAGAUGCUCUAGGCGCCAGCCUCUGUGUCCGCUGGGGCUGAAUGUAGCCCCAGCUCACACACAAUCCUGGAGCCCUUAACCACAGCUAAGAGCCAGGUUUCAAAGCUGGGCUAGGGGGUGCUGCCCCACUGGGAUUAGGCCCAGUCCUGGUGGCUCUCACACGCAGCCUAACUGAGGCUGGGCUAACCCAAGCCUGGGUUAGGGUGCACAUGAGAACAGCCUCAGGAAGUGCUGGUCAUCUGUUGACCUGUGUGGAAGAGAGAAGGGAAAGGGUAGCUGGGCUGCAGACUGAAUGAGCUUUGAGAUCUGACUGUGUACAUUGUUAAGGGAUUCAGAAGCAGGAUGCAUGUCUUUCCCCAGUGAAGCAGCUUUGGAGCUUAGCCAUGUUUGGAAGCCUGUUUCCACAUAUGGAUUGGCUUCUGUGGGUCAGGACAGCGCAGUAAUAUAUUUGUAUUUUUGCAAAAUCACAGAAUCUUUUCUGUGCAAAAAAGAAAAUGACUGCAGGUUUUAUGGAAGAGGGAUAAGCCUACCUCAUAUCAUCUACCUGUAGGAACAAAUUAGCUGCACAUUACCUAGUGUAAUUUUGCAAAACUGUAAAGUAUGUUCCCGUUUUUCAGCUUCCUCACAAGAUUCCUCACAAUGGUGCUGUUUGGGGAUCUUACAAAAAAUAGGAUGAAUCACUCCUUGUUUAUAUUGUGAAUAGAAAAGUUUCUGAAAAAUAAGAUUUGAUUUUUUUUUAACUGAUACUCCAAAGCAUGUAAAAAGAAUUUUAUAUAAAUAUAUAUAUACAGAGAGAUUCUGAAUUUGUUAAGCUGGUCCUUAGUCAUUUGUAUUAUUAGACUUAAAGUUUGGAAUAAACAUGGAAAAGAUAAACAAAAUUAAUUUAUUUCUUUUGUGCAUAUUUGUAUAGCCUUUUAGAAACAAGAAAAUCUUUUUUGCUUAUUCUUUUACUGCUCCUGACUUUUUAAAGACCUAUGAUUUUGUAUAGGUUAAUAAACUUAAAGGUAUGCAACUAAA